CACGUCCCUCUUUGGCAGCAACAACAACACACGGAGGCAAAAACCCACCCACCCACCAGCCCAGUCAGUCAGUCAGUCUCGCCCCUCCGGUGUCAGCAUCAUUAUCAUCACCACCGGGUCCGUCCGGUGGCAGAGGGAGAGGAUGGUCCAGCGGAACGGCAGCCGGGGUUGCGAAUGACAGUCUCGAGAUAAUGGCCCUCGAUGUCCUCAAGUUUCCCAGUGAACGACAAGUGACGAAGUGAGACGACCGUGGAAGGAAAACGCCGAACCAUGUUGCUCUAAGUCGUGACCUGUGGUGAGCGGGGGAGGAGGAAGAGAGAGGCGCAGGCCGGGCCGGUGGAUAGACGGGCAUCUGCUGCAGUUCCCUUCAGGUGGCCCUCGGCGAGCGCGAAGCAAUGGGAAACACGGCCACCAAGUUCCGCAAGGCCCUCGUGAGCGGCGACGAGGCCCUGGCCUGGCAGCUGUACGAGGGCAACCCCCAGUUCAGGGACGGCCUGGACCCCAACGCAUCAUAUGGAGAGCAGUACCAGCACAACACAGCCCUGCACUAUGUCUGCCGCCAUGCAAUGACACGUCUGCUCAGGUCCUUCCUGUUCAGCAAAGAGGGGAACCCCAACAAGCGUAAUGUGCACAAUGAGACAUGCCUCCACGUGCUGUGCCAAGGCCCACAGAUCCUGCUGCUGCCCGAGGGAGCGCUGUCGCCCCGACUGGCGCGACCCCAGAGGGACGAGCAGCGCCGCGCCGACUGUCUGCAGAUGAUCCUGAGCUGGACCGGGGCCAGGCUGGAAGGAGGCCAGUAUGAGAAGGCCAACGUUAACGCCACCGACAACCACCACAGCACCUGCCUGCACUACGCUGCCGCUGCAGGCAUGAAGAGCUGCGUGGAGCUGCUGAUCCAGAGUGAGGCGGACCUUUUUGUGGAGGACGAGGACAAGUUGACGCCAUGUGACCAUGCCGAGCGGCACCACCACACCGAGCUGGCCCUCAGCCUGGAGUCACAGAUGGUUUUCUCCUCCUCCUCAGCUCUGCAGUCAAACACAGACGCACAUGGCGAAACCAACCUGCUGCAAUACAAGGAGCCUUAUGAGGGACUGAAGCUUCAGGAUCUGCGCAGACUGAAGGACAUGUUGAUUGUGGAGACGGCUGACAUGCUGCAAGCUCCCCUUUUCACUGCUGAGGCCCUGCUUCGAGCACACGACUGGGACAGAGAAAAGCUACUGGAAGCCUGGAUGUCUGAUGCUGAGGGCUGCUGCCAACGCUCCGGCGUCACCAUGCCCACCCCGCCACCCAGCGGCUACAACGCCUGGGACACGCUCCCCUCCCCGCGCACUCCUAGGACGCCACGCUCACCCCUUACACUUACCCUCACUUCCCCCACCGACAGCUGCCUCACACCUGGAGAGGAAGGCCUGGCCACGUGUGGAAUAUGUCUCUGCUCUAUCUCAGUCUUUGAGGAUCCAGUGGACAUGUCCUGUGGCCACGAGUUCUGCAGAGCGUGUUGGGAAGGGUUCCUCAAUGUAAAGAUUCAGGAGGGUGACGCUCACAAUAUCUUCUGUCCGGCGUAUGAGUGCUACCAGCUGGUGCCGGUGCAUGUGAUAGAGAGUGUGGUUUCCAGAGAGAUGGACCAGCGAUAUCUACAGUUUGACAUCAAGGCAUUUGUGGAGAACAACCCGGCCAUACGUUGGUGUCCUGCAGCUCGUUGCGAGCGAGCGGUGAGACUCACUCGGCCGGGCCCCGGGGACAGUGAUCCACACAGCUUCCCACUGCUGCCCUCGCCGGCUGUUGAUUGUGGCAAGGGUCACCUCUUCUGCUGGGAGUGCCUUGGCGAGGCCCAUGAGCCAUGUGAUUGUCAGAUGUGGAGGAACUGGCUUCAGAAAGUCACAGAGAUGAAGCCUGAGGAGUUGGCAGGUGUGAGCGAGGCCUAUGAGGAUGCUGCUAACUGCCUGUGGCUGUUGACCAACUCCAAACCCUGUGCCAACUGCAAGUCGCCCAUUCAGAAGAAUGAGGGCUGCAACCACAUGCAGUGUGCCAAGUGUAAGUAUGACUUCUGUUGGAUCUGUCUGGAGGAGUGGAAGAAGCACAGCUCUUCAACAGGAGGCUACUACCGCUGCACUCGCUAUGAGGUCAUCCAGCAGCUAGAGGAGCAGUCCAAGGAGAUGACUGUAGAGGCAGAAAAGAAGCACAAGAGUUUUCAGGAGCUGGAUCGUUUCAUGCACUAUUACACUCGCUUCAAGAACCACGAACACAGCUACAAGUUGGAGCAGAAGCUGCUAAAAACGGCUAAAGAAAAGAUGGAGCAGCUGAGCAGAGCCUUCAUUAGUCGCGAAGGCACUCCUCCGGACACGCACUUCAUUGAGGACGGCGUGUGUGAGCUGCUGAAGACGCGGCGCGUGCUGAAGUGCUCUUAUCCAUACGGCUUCUUCCUGCAGCAAGGCAGCACCCAGAAAGAGAUAUUUGAGCUCAUGCAGACCGACCUGGAGAUGGUAGUGGAGGAUCUGGCCCAGAAGGUCAACCGGCCGUACCUGCGCACGCCGUGCCACAAGAUAAUCAGCGCCGCUCGUCUGGUGCAGCAGAAGAGGCAGGAGUUCCUGGCGUCCGUGGCCCGCGGUGUCGCUCCCAACGACUCACCUGAGCCUCCACGCAGGAAUUACCCCGGAGGAUCGUGGGACUGGGAGUACCUUGGCUUUGCCUCCCCUGAGAUGGGAAGUCGUCACUCCGUUCUGGGAGCCGGAGACCAAAGAGAGAGACAGUCGCAGGAUUAUGCUGACAUCCAGUACCGCCGCAGACACAGACCCCGACGCAGAGCAGACAUGCUGAGUCUGCACAGCCUUAGAAGCAGCAGCAACACACCAGAGACCAGCAGGAGGAGUGACAACACAGAAGGCCCGGAGAGGCCCGAGGGUCGCAGGAGAGCGCUGGGCUCGCUGGAUGAAGACGACCCCAACAUCCUUCUGGCCAUCCAGCUGUCGCUCCAGGAGUCCCGCCGAGAGCGAGGCCUGGAGGGAGUCCUGGAGAGAGGGAUGGAGGGGAGGAUGGAGGUGGACAGAGGACAGGAGAGGAGGCUGGGUCCCGCAGGAGACCUGGGCGAUGUCGCUUUGCACUCCCUCAGCAACGAGGGUCCCCCGGGGGCCAGGGGCUCGUCCUUCCCCGCUUCUCUCCUGGACCCUCCCCGCCCCCCUAACAGGACAGACUCCACCUCCCAGCCAUCCAUAUCUAACUCCUUCCCCCUCCCUCCCCCACCUCCCUCCCUCAGUGCAGAGCUGCUGGAGCUGGGAGACAGCCUUAUGAAACUGGGGAACAUAACCACUCCGUACGACCUGGACACACACACACAGGAGCAGCUCUGCUCGCACCACACAUACAACCACACGGCCCCCUACACCACUGAACCUGCUUACAGCGACUGCAGCCAUAGACAAGACCAGAACGCACUGAGCGCCCCGUACGUGCUCGAUCAUAUCACCGUCACAGAUUCUCGCUACGACAGUAAAGAGCAGACUUACUGCCACCCCAGUGCGUAUUUAGCUGAGGCUGAACACAGCGCCUCCUGCGCACUAGAACGCACUCAAAACCCCGUCCAUCCUGGUUCGUACAACCGGGAACAAACAGCCACGUACGACGGCGCCCCGAAACCCGACGACUCUUACAACCCCUGCCCAGAACACAGUAGCUCUUACACUACAGAACGCCCUUCUACCUACGCUCUCGAACGCCCCUCGAAGUCCGACCCUCAGCCUCCCGCCCAAUUGUGCCUCCCGUCUCCAGAGCUCGAGCCGGAGCUGCUGCUUUCGCCGGUGAUCCCUCCGGGGGGACCUUUCACCCCCAGCGACCCUCAGAGUCUGGAGGCUCUGGACCCCACGGCCAGCGCUCAGCUGCUGGACAACAUCAUGGCCUGGUUCAACAACAACAUCAACCCCCAGAACAACCCCCAGAGCCUCGCCCUCAUCCCCUCCCCGCCCACCACGGAAACCGACUCCUCCCCCGACACGCACACCGAGACCGAGACUGAGAGCCAGACCUCCAGGGACGUGACCCCCGCCCCGACCUGGCAGCAGCCCCUGGAGGGCGAGCCGGAAGUGGACGGGGGGUCGACGAGCGCCCCGCCAGGUGCCGCGGUGGCGGAGGUGGCGAGGCCCAGCACUCUGGAGCUAGAAAACAGGGCCGCUGGGGAGGAGGGGUGUGUGGACGCAGGGUGUGUGGCUGACCUGUCGCUGGACGAAGCGCACACGCACCCGCGCUCACACUCCCGAAACGAAAGCCCCGCACACACUGCCCCGGCCACACAGAGAGACUCCGACCUCGUCCUCCAGUUAGAGGAGGCCCGGUCACCUGAGGAGUGGGAGGAGCAGGAACACCUGGUGUGACAGCGACAGAACAAUGUAGAGAGAGAAAUUUGAGCCAAGUACAGGAAGGAGAGAGAGAGAGUAGAACUAGGAAAGGAAAUCAAAGAGUAGGGAGACGAGAGAGAAGCACUAAAGGAGAGUAUAGCGGCGAUGCCUCUGUUAAAGAUGUACGUCUUUGAGGUUUUGAGUGUUUACUGUAUGUAUUAUACUGUAUCUAGAGAGGACAUAAAGCUCUGCGGACUUUGUCCAGUAAAGAUGAUGUCACACGCAGUUUCAUAUUAUUUAAGUGCUUUUUGUCUGCUCUAAAAACAGACGAGUUGGACUUCGAAACAAAAGAGUGUUUAAAUCGGAGCGCGAUCGACGGAAAGCUACUGAUACUCAUGACACAUAAAAUGCUACAUGUUUCCUUAUUUUAUUUAUUCCCCCCGCCUCUUGUAUUUGUCCUGUCAGUUUGUUCAGGGUGAAGUUUCGGUGCUGACCAUGCUGAAGUCCAAACUAGCCUCAUGAAGCAACACUUGAUUAACACAAUGACCCAACCACGAGCCUGUUCAGAGCUCCAGGAGCCAAAUACGACGAUAGCUGUAACCUUGGAGCCUGUUUAGCGUGCUGUACAAUCAGAGGGCCUGAUUCAGAUUUUUGGACCUUCGUGCACACUGUGCCUGUGUUUUUUAGUGCCAACACACGACCGAUCUUUUCCUGGGGAAAGCUGAAACGAAGGACAUUCCACCAGGCUGCUGCAUGCUGAAUUGUUUCUUCAGAGAAAUAGUUUUGUUCCUCUACACGGGAAGAUCAGAGCGGUACCUUUAAACCUUGUGGAGUGUAGAGGGUAAUGUCUGUCGCUGCCCACUACACCGCCCUGCUACGCAUUUCUGAUCUUCUCUGACUGGAUCAGAGCCGUCAUCAAUCAUCUGUAGAGCAGUGUUUUACUGUCACUUUGGCUCAGUAUUUGCUUCCGUGCGCAAAACUCUUAACACAAAUUGCCUUACUUCUAAUUCUGGCACCAAAUUUCACUGAAAUGAAACCAACUGUUAAAUGAGGGAAUACAUUAUAGAGAAGGUAAAUCAGAACAGACUGAAUAAAUUGUGUGUUCAAAUAAUCUUGUCAAACUGUAAGUAAAUUAAUGGAAAAGAGAGAAAAUGCACUUUAAGCUGAACACUAUUCAAAAUAAUGUUGGGUGUAUUAAAAGCAUAGUAAUAAUCACUAGGUUUUUCACAGUUAAAUGGGUGAAAUCAUUUCUAUUAAUGGUAAAAUAAAUAAGUAAAAUAUGAUCCGUCACUGUAAAUGUGACAUCAUGCUGCAGCGUGUGUAUGAGUCAAAUGGAUUUUUCAUCAAACGUAGCUAAUGAAAUCACUUUUGUCAUCAUCUAAAACACAUUGUAGCAGAACUUACUAGAAAAAAAGACAACAUGGUGUUAAAACGAGGAUCUAUUUCAUCUAUUUAUUCAGUCUCUGCUAACAUGAGGUGAGGGCUGAACAUAAAGACACUGUGACAUUAAGAGUUUUGCGCAUGGACUGGGAGCCGAGGUCGAACUAUCCUGUAAAAGAAAACGGAUUCAACUUUUCAUACCUGCAGCGUUUAUCAUUACUAUCAUGUAUUCCACUGCUGGUAGCGGGUACAGUGUGCUGUAAUCGACGGGUUGGGUUUCAGCUGUAAUUUACCCCUUAUUAUUGGAGAUUUCUUCCGAUCCAGACCAGCGUCGCUUGGUCCGUGUGCCUUUUUUGUUUUGAUCGUGUUUAUUUGUUUGUAUUUAUUAGUAUCAUAAAUUUUUAACCACGCUAAAGGAACGACGGAGAAAACGGCACUCGAAUACACUGAAGUUCACCGGUAUGAUUUGUCUUUGUGGUUUAUAUCACUUUCGGCUGCCCGUGUUUUUGGCCUUCAAUUAGCGAGCGAUUCACGUGAGCGCUGUCGACCUUUGAUUUCUCACGGCCCUUGAAUUCCUGAGCUCCUGGGUUGUCGUCCAGGCCUCGGUCUUAAAAACUUUAUUGUCCAACUAUGAUGUUUACAAGGGAAUCAAACACUGCCUGCUGUGUUGAGAUUUGAUUUGGUGCUCUGAGAUGAUGACAAUGUGUUUUAAUCCUACUUUCAUCGCAUGCCAGACACGUGAAGAAGUUCAGCUGAAAUGUCUCCAUCUGGAAGAGUUUUAUUUGAAGUGUGAGGCCUGAAGUGACGCGACGCCUUCUCCUUACUGAUCAUUGAAGUGACGGUGCUGAGCAGGUUGUAACUGGAGACGCUAGGGCAGCUGGUGUCACCCCCAAAAACUUUUUAGACUUUGUUCCCCCAGGGAAUGUGGUGAUACACGGUGUGACAGUGAAUGCACCCCGGUCUUUAUUUUUGCACAUGCAUGCUGCUCAUGUGUUGCAUUAAUCCAGGGGUGUUAGGGGAGCUGUGGGGGAAUGGUGGCUUCGUUAUAUUUCUUUUCCUUAUUUAGAAUUUGAAGGGUCCGGGCCAUUUUGUACUCCACACAUAAUGUUUAUAAUUUAAUGCUCCCUCAACCAACAACUUCAGAAUGGAAAAAAAAAAAGAAAAGAAAUUGCACUCUCAUAGAUUAUACUUGAUACAUUCCCUGCUGGUCUAAAGAAAGGUUUGAUGUGCGGCCAAAUCUAUAAAUGAAAGUGUCAGUGCAAAGUUUACUCUCAAUAAAAUGAACUGAAAGUG